UCAAUUUUUUUUGCAUAUUUGGAAAAUUGUUCGAGAUGAAAAACGUCAUAAAACAUGUAAAUUUGCAAAAAAUAUUUUCCAAAACUUUUACAAGUUUUGUAAAUUGUAACUAAUAAAAACGUGACGAAAUUACAAACGUUGAAACAUAACUUGACUUGUUUUCGGUUUAAGCAAAUGGAAGUUUUUGUAAAUUCUUCUAGUGUACACAAAAAACUUUCCAGCUGGUGCCAUUUGUGAAGCUGGUGCCACAGUAUUAUAUCUGCAAAUAGAUGUGAAUAAUUUAACUGGCUUUGCAUAAAACCACAGAAGAGAUAAGACAUUGACCCCGUUAAUUGCUACAAAACUCAGUUAUACUCUGACUUGGUGCAAGCAAAAUCACUGUGCACAUAUAACAUAUCGUUCAUUCCUCUUUCCUAACGUGGCCAAAACUCGAUAAGUUAUUUCAUUUAACAACACAUUAAGGAAGUAUUAACAAUGGCAGGCGUACCUCCCAUACCACCACUACUCUGUAAUACACCGCCACCAAUAGAUUUCGGCGACGAGGAUGACGAUUCCGGUUUGCCGCCUACGCUAACACUAGAUGAAGAUGAAUUUGGUGAGUUUGCUUUGGGCGUGGACAUAAAUGAGGAUGCAAUGAAUGUCGAAGCUUCCUCCCUGCCCCGCACACCGCUGCCAUUUGAGCUAAGUUCCUCCACGACUAGUGGUUUUACGGAUGUCGCACACACUUUAGAAGAUUGUGGCGCUAUAUCGAUCAGCCCGCCUGAAUUAAGCAUUUCUCCUACACAUGAAGAAGAUAAAACAAAAGUUCAACUCAAUGAAGCAUUCAACUAUAAUGUCAUACAAAAAUGUUCAACAGAUACUGAUGCAAUACAAUUUAAUGACACUGUAAAUAAAUUAAUAGAAAAAAAUGGAAAUCCAAACAUAAAAGAUACAGCAUCUACACUAUCACAGGUGGCUGACAAUAACAAAUAUAGCAAUGAUUCUAAUGAUGCCAAAAUUGCAACAGCAACAGCUGUUGUGCAAAUUGAACAUGAAACUGAAAAACUUCCCGAAGUUCAAGAAUUUGAAAAGGAAAGUUCUAAAGCUGUACAGGAUCAAGAUAUACAAAUAAAGCCAAAUAUAGAACCUGUAAUUUCACAAACUCCUCCUCCUCCUCUGACUGGUCUCGUCCAGCUAGAAGAUCUAACUGACGACAGUAGCGAUGAAGAUUGCCAUCGGUCGCCGAAGAAGACGUCAGUAUCCCCGAUAUCUCCUACGGCGAGUAAUGAGGACUCAAACUCCGAUGAUUUCUUUGCAAUUCAUAUUGUUGAUGAACCAACUUCACCAAAACAAGACAAAUUAUCGCCAAUUGCAGAGGAUAUAAAUAUGAAUAACUCCUCCAAACAAAAUAAUAAUAUAGUAAAUGAUGUAGAAAAUGAGAAAAACUCAAACCUAACUGUUGUUGAGCAGCAGAGUGAUGAUGAUGAUUUCGGUGAUUUUGCCGAUUUUGAAUCAGCCACUGAUUUUAUAAAUCCGGCAACAACAAGCGAAUUCUCCACAACCGAUUUUGUGGAUAACAAUAGAAAUAUAAAAGUAGAAGAGACUCCUAGGGAUAACAAUACUCCAAUUAAUGAUAUAGAUGUUGACUUCGAUGAUUUUGAUGAUUUCCAAGAUUUCACAACAGCACCCAUAUCAAAGCCAUCUACUGCGCCAGCCACAUCAGAACCGAAAACUUUAAAUAAUACAGCGAAAAACGAAAUAGAAACAAACUGUGCGAUUUCGGCAACUGAUAGCAGUGUAACGCACAUAGAGAGGGAAGCGAAGCCGUUUGAAAAUAUCGAUAAUGCUGAUGAUGAUGAUGAUUUUGGCGAUUUCGAGGAGGCCACUUUCGCAGCAACUUCAAAUGCACAAACUCCCCUCACACCAAUUUUACAAACACAAACCCCACUUACUGCUAAUGGCAAUAUAAAUGAACGCCUUGGUACGGUGCUAAAAAUGAUGUUUCCUGUUGAAGAUGAAGGCUUAGGGGAUGAAACUCAGAAUAAAAUAAAAAUAAAUCUUACGAAAGAAUUACCCAAUUUACAAUCGCCAAACUCUAAACUUCCUUUCGAAGCGAUAGAAGCUGCCAAAGCCUUAGAAUUCCAGUGGCCACAGUCGGAAAUGCGUCAUGCGCUCAUACGUUCAAUCGGCAUUGAUUCACGGAAUAUUCUGUUUGGUGAUAAUUGGAAUCCCUCAAUGCCACGAUUUGCUGCCAAUCUCAGCUUUAAUCCGUUAAAACCAAUGAAACCGCAAUCCGCCAACAAUACAACACCAGCAACAUAUACGGAUGUUGAUACCAUGUCAUACGGUGGCAGUGGUAGCAGCAACAAUGCUAACGCUAUUGAUUCGGACAUGAGUAGCUAUGCUAAACCAACAGAUGUACCUGAUGUUGAAUUUGAUUGGCAAGGCGCCGGUUUUGUUAAUCCACUUGACGGGGUCAAGGGGGAGGCAAACACGCGAGAGACUGAAGCGAUUCACCCGUCGUCGCCUACUACACGGCUUGAUACACCCGAUGACCAGCAUCAAUCGGAUACAACCUAUACAAACAUCGACGAUAACAUUUCCGAAACCCUAAGCAAAAACGAACGACAAAACGAACUGAGAGCAUCGCCAACACGAGACACGUGCCCAUCGCCCAUAACUUUGGAUAAUGCUGCAUAUCAGUUCGCUAUACAAGACCAGCAGGGCAUUAAUAUGAACGUAGCCAGUAACAGUGGCAGCUCCAGUGCCGCCAGCAGUAUCAGCAAUAUUAAAUCUUAUGAUAACAGUAAAAACAUAACGGCAUUGCGUUUAGGUGCUAACGUUAUAGUCGCAGAUGAUGAUGAUGACGAUGAAACGGUGGUGACUUCUACCUAUGCCGGUCCACUUAAGGAGACCCAUAUAUAUACACCUUCGAAAACAGAGUUAGCGGCAACAUCGAAAGCUGGAAAAUCGCCUGUGGUUGCCAACGAACCAAUUGAUUUUGAUUAUGAAAUCGCAGCAGCGGGCAUUAUUAUCGACGAGAAAGUGGUGAAGAAAGAAUAUCGUGAUGUUGAGUAUAAUCCCGGCUUUAGUUUGGAUGUGGUUAAUGAAUAUGGUGGUGAGUUGACGCUGAACAAAACUGAGAGUUUCGGUGUAGUCUCAAGCAUAUCGGCAUUACCAUUGACCCCAACACAAACACAACAGCAGCAACCGUCAACAGGCAGCGAUUUUGACACUGAUGAAUUCACAGAGUUCACAGAAUUUCAAUCAGUGCCACCGCCGUCUGCAGUCCAUGCAGCAAUGCCAACAACAGAUGCAACUUAUGGCCACACAAUUCCCACUAGUACAAUAACGUCCAAGUUCCCUGUAGAGCAAAACACUAAAACAACACUUAAUAGUUUACCACCCGUCCUACCAGCAGCCGUUACCAAAGCAAAGGAAGUUAAUAAUACACCGAGUCGUACAAACUCACCAUCUACAAUUGACAAUAUGAUACUCAGUCCAGCCAUUCUGUUGCCACAAGCUAUACCGAUGAACUCAAGUAAUGCGACGGCGGUAACCAAGGCCGCGCCCACAAUUGAAUGGGGUAACUCGACCGCCAAUAUCAAUCCUGACGAAUUGGCGCGUAUCGAAGAGUUCUAUUCUCAACCAAAAAUAUCGUCAGCCGGCAAAGAUGCUGUGAACUCAUCACAAAAGUCCACACCAACGCACGCUUAUGCGGAGAGUCAAGCGAAAAGUAGCACAAUUUCCAUAAGCGCCUCGGUGGCGUUAAAGGAGCAGGACUCCACGCUCAAUGAUGACUACUGGUCAGAGUUUGUGUCAGUGCCGGUUGCGCCGACACAACUACUAAAUAAUACCAGUCGGCUCAACAACAACAACAAUGCCGGCAGCAGUAGCAACAACAACAAUAAUAAUAAAAACAACAACAAUAACAAUCAAUCGAUCAUGCUAUCAAAACGCAUGGGAGAUUUGCAUAUCAGCAACAGCAAUAAUGCAAUGCGUUCGCCACGUCAUCACCAUCAACAGCAGCAGCAACAACAGCAAAACAACGCUCAUCGCACGCUGACACCAACGCCACAGCAAAAGUCAAUUGCACACUCAGCGAACUUAACCAACAACAGCAAUAGCAAUAGUAACAGCAAUGAUGAUGAUUGGUCCGAUUUCGUGUCGAGCACACCAACACCGGCAGCAGUGUCCACACAGCAUGCUAACACAUACAUGCCUGCUGCGCAUGCGCCGCAAUUCAAUAGUGCAGCUUGGCAAAAUGCCAAUUUCUACAAUAAUCCGCUCGGUUUAUAUCAUCAGCAGGCCACAAUGCAAAUGCGCAGUCUAACACCGCAGCAACAACAAUUACAGCUGCAACAACAAAUACAUAUAAUGCAAGAUUUCUCCACAGCACCCAUAUCGAACCGUCCACAAAACAUAAUGCAUAACAGCAACAAUUCCACAGCAAUCAGCAAUAUGCAACAUUCCAAUACAUACUCAGCGCUACAGGUGGGUAAUGCUCGGGUAGCGCCGAGCAUAUCAUUAAUACCCGAUUUAGGUUUUGUCGCACCAGCGUUGCCGGUGCAUACCGCCUUCGUCAAUGUGCUGCCCAAGACGAGUUUUAAUAGCAAAAAAUGACGUUUGUUAAAUUGCGAACAGCAGAUGCACAAUCGUGGUCGUACAACACUGGCACAUUCCUAUCGUACGCACUUACCCAAAGCUAGUCCCGUUACAGCAACUGCCCACACUACUUCCAUGCAUGAUAUCCUGACAUAGAGUUAGCUGCACAAUUAUACUGCAUACAAUAUGACCAAAAUACUUACUACUUAGUACUUAUGUAUGUAGUAUGUGUGUGUGUGUGUGUGUGUGGCGUGGAAGAGAAGUGUAGCAGAAAUCUCCAAAUAUGACGUAGAAAUAUAUGUAGAAUUGUUAAAUAGUGUGGUGCAAAAGUUCGUACUGCUGAAGCAACGAAUGUGUUUUUUUUUUAGCUAUAGAAGCUUACAAAAAUUAAGUUUGCUCAGUAUUUUCAAUGUAUUUGAAAUAUGUAUAGUUUUGCUCAGUCGAUUUCUUUUGCAAAUUAUAAAAUCUUGGUCAGCAAAUGUAUGUGUAUUGGGCUUGUUUUUGUUUAGUAUUAAUUAAUAAAUUGUUAAAUAAAUAUUUUACUUAAAUUCAGCAAAAAAAAAAAUGUAAACAUUAGUCAAAGAAACAUAGUAUUUGCUUUGAUUCUAUUUAUAUGUGUAUAAACAUAGAUCGUUGUUAAAAUAAGUGUAGCAAGUUCCCAACAUGUAGCGCUGUCCUGUGUAGAAUUUUCUAAAUAUUAACCGAAUUUGAGCUGUUCGUUACUUUUGCCGCAACUGCAGAGACAUAGCUGAAGUGGAAUCGAUAAAACAUUACAUUUGCCACAACCCAACUUCCAGUGCGAUCCAUUAACGUUUUCUCGGAAAUUUCUUCUUCGAUUGCCCUACAGAUAUUGCACCUGUAGGCAUCAUCAAUUACUUAAAACCUCGGCGACUUAGACUGAUCAAAACUCUGCCUAAGCGGGGUUAGCGAACCGCUAAAACAACAACAACAACAACAACUACAACAACAAAAACAACAACAACAUCAUCGUCAAUUACUUAAACUUCAUAAAGCACACCAAAGUGGUUUGCUCAAAUGGAAAGGUGAGAAGAAUCUCAUUCACAGCACCAACAUAGUUGACAUAAUGGGCCAGUAGACCUAAGUGCGCUGGCUUGAAAAGGGUUCCGUGAUCGAGCAACCUACUUAACUAACUAACUGACUAAAUUCUCUAAUCUCAAUAUAUUUGGCGAUUAGAUUGAUUUAAUAUCCAAUCGACAUAAAUGAUUUAUAGCAAAAUUGAAGAAAACCAAAGUCGAUAGUUGCGAAUAGUUUCUCAUACAACACAGAGUUCUACAAAAUCUUCUUCUACUUUCCGGCAGUAUUAUUUACAUGUCUGGUCUACUUGCGUGACUUGUGCGGCCGUCGGUUGUUGUUUUGUUGAGCAAGUUAGAGACUACACCCAACGACACUCAGCUAUAACUUAGAUAUGUUUUCCUUACUAACAAACUAUAUAUUAUAUCCUAUAUUAGAUUACGAUCAAGCAGUACUGACACACCCUUCAUUCUUUCGCUAGUUUGAGUAUGAUUAAUGUUAUUUGUGCAAAUUAAAGUAGUCAUUUGAGCUUUUUGUUCAUUGCUGACUUAAAUUCCUUCAGCUUUUCUGCACCCAGUUUGCAUAGCCUGAAAUUCAUUAAAUCAAUUUAAAGUGUGUUGGGUCAAACUCUUCCUAUUCUAAUACUUUCUUACAAUUUACUGGAUAUGUAAUAAAAUGCUCAUGAAAGGCUUACACUCAAAGAAGUUCACUACCAGGGGUCGGAAAAUACAAUGAAGACAUGAUUUUUUAAUGUAUAAAUAUCUAAAAAUUGUUAAAAUUCUCCACAUAGUUUUUAUUUAAAAGUAGUGAAUUUUUUUAUUAAGAGAAGAUGACAGCACGAAAAAUACAAAGAGAGAGAAGAGACAAAGAAACUACAUUUAAAUUAUUGUGACAUGAAACUACCUUAAAAAUGUUUGUAUCUUGUAACAUAUAUUGUUGUUCAUAAAUUGUUGUUUUGUCGGUUCGAAAGGGUGCGUUCACAUCUUUUUUUUUAUCAUAAAACUAACCUAAAAAUUUCAAAAAUAAGUUGAAAAUUAUGAAUUAUGGUAUACUAUUAGUUAACAUAUCUUUCUAGUUAUAAAACAAAAGUCACCCCCUAAGUAAUAUUUACGCAAGUGUUAGUCUAAUCACACCGCCUAACAGAAAUCAAAUCGGACGUGUAUAAAAUUCACACGGCGAGGCUUGUCAUAAAUAGAUAUGGCGCCGAAAUUUAUUUAUUGUGGUGUUAAUUAUAGCUUAAAUGACCGAAAAACCGAAACCAGUGAUUAAUUUGCGAUAUUGAUUCGAUGAUGAUUCGCAAAAGUGUAGAGAGUUAUGACGCAGUCGAAGAUUAGGUGCGCGGCAGCGUGAAUGAAUGAGUGUUAAGUAAAACAAAAUGCAAACAAUAAACAAUUCAUAUAAACUAUUUUGUCCAGUUCCAUUAAUACUAUUUGUACAAUAAAUCGACUAUAAAAGUGGUGAAUUCGGUAUGCAUAUAAAUACUUGUACAUACAUAAAUAUGAAAAAUUUUGACACACAGCAUUAACUUAAACAAUAAAUAGUAUGUACUACUUAUUAAUUAAAUUUCAUUUGCAAACUAUCUAUCUGAUUACCAUACCAAAUGCAUGCAUUUGAAUGUGUGAGUUACGUACAUAUGUAUAUAUAUCAAAAAGUAAUAAUACUUAUCUGAUUUUUUUCAUAUAUUUUUUUUUGUCUUUUGUAAAUGUAACACUAUUGCGUUUAAAAUAUUUAAUUUCAUUUAAUUUCCAGUGUGUUUAUAUUUGAAAACUAUUUGAGUUAUGUAUUAGUCUUGUAAAAUUGUACUAAGUGGUAUUUGUAAAAAAUAAAAAAUAAAUACAAUUAUUGAAAAUUAUGUAUUAAAUAGGACGUUAAUAAUAUAGACACAUUUGUUGAAGUUCACAUUCAGAGAGCUCUACAUAAAAAUAUAUAGUACCUAAAUAUUGUAGCCUAUGCAAAAAAAAAAAA